AUGGUAAAAUCGUACCAACGAUUUGAGCAGGAAUCUGUACUUGGUGUUAUUUCUAGCAAUACGAAUUGCUUAUGGGUUCCUUCCGAGACAAGAAAUGGCUCUGGCCAGGUGCUCACAGGCGCCCUAGAAAAUGUUAACUGCUGGUCCAUGAAGUCGGGAGAGCUGAUAGGAACUCUCAGUGACGGGUUCCCACCAGGUGCUGUGGAUGCAAAAACAACGAGACCCGCUGAAUCUUCUUUCCUUCAAUACCAUACUGAGACAAAUCUGCUAGCCGUAGGCUAUGCCGACGGUGCAAUCAAAAUCUGGGAUCUACUCUCGAGGUCUGUUCUCAUCAAUUUCAACGGUCACAAAUCUGCUAUCACAAUGUUGAGGUUUGAUAGCACGGGGACGAGACUAAUAUCUGGAGCCAAGGACUCAGAUGUCAUUGUUUGGGAUCUCGUGGCCGAAGUAGGCCUGUACAAACUACGCUCGCACAAGGACUCUGUGACUGGGAUAUGGUGUUACGGGGAGGAGUGGCUGAUCAGCACGUCCAAAGACGGUCUCAUCAAGAUUUGGGAUUUGAAAACGCAGCAAUGCGUGGAGACCCAUAUGGCCCAUGUUGGAGAGUGUUGGAGUUUAGGUGUUCAUGGCGAUCUUGUCGUUACUGCCGGUGCUGACAACCAGCUCAAGCUGUGGAAAUUGGAUCUAGAGGCUACUCCGGGCCAAAUGCUGACGGAAAAGGGUAUCGCCGAGAAACAGAGUAAACAAAGAGGUGUGGCAAUCGAGUUUAUCAGCGUCAAAGAGACUGCUGUUUUUUUCCUAGUACAGAAUGCUGAUAGAUCUGCUGAAAUUUUCAGACUGCGGACUGCAGAAGAAAUAGCGAAAGCGUUAAAAAGAAGAGAAAAGAGGCUUACCGAGAAAGGUCUAGAUCAGAAUGAAAUCGAACAGAAUUUGAAGGACUCAUACACUUCGUUCGUGAUGCAUCCCUUUCAGGUUGUAAGAUCGACAUUUCGAAUCAAAGCAGUUUGCUGGGCUACUGUAACCACUUCCAAACUAGAGUUAGUCGUGACCACCGCUAACAACACUAUCGAUUAUUUUUCAAUUCCGUACCAAAAGAGAGAGCCAACAACUCCGUCCCCAGCAAAGCUGUACUCUAUCGAUAUGAAUGGUCACCGCACGGAUGUUCGUGCAAUUGAUAUCAGCAAUGACGGCAAACUUUUGGCCACUGCAUCCAACGGUCUUCUAAAAAUCUGGAAUAUGAAAACAGAGAGCUGCAUAAGAACUUUUGAGUGUGGGUACGCCUUGACUUGUAAAUUUCUUCCUGGGGGUGCUUUGGUGGUUUUGGGGACCAAGUCGGGAGAGCUACAGCUUUUCGACUUGGCAUCAUCGACGCUACUCAGUACUGAUGUCGGACACACAGAUGCAAUCUGGUCUCUGGAUAUUACUAGUGAUGGCAAGAGACUCGUUACAGGAUCUGCUGACAAGACAGUCAGGUUUUGGGAUUUUCAAAUUGAACAGGAGCCUGUUCCGGACUCUGUCAACAAAUUUGUACCAAAACUUAAACUCUUCCAUGAUACGACCUUGGAACUUAAUGAUGAAGUGCUGGCGGUGAAAAUAUCGCCAGACGACAAAUUUCUAGCCGUGUCCUUGCUCGACAACACAGUGAAAGUAUUUUUCUUGGACUCUAAGAAGUUCUUUUUGAGUUUGUACGGUCACAAGCUGCCUGUGUUGUCAAUUGACAUAUCUUUUGAUUCCAAGCUAUUGAUUACUUCCUCGGCUGAUAAAAACAUCAAGAUAUGGGGCCUAGAUUUCGGUGAUUGUCACAAGUCUCUAUUUGCUCACAAUGACUCCAUCAUGAAAGUAGCCUUUGUGCCCGAAUCUCACAACUUUUUCAGUUGUAGUAAGGAUACCUUGGUAAAAUACUGGGAUGGUGACAAAUUCGAGUGUAUCCAAAAGCUUGCGGCCCAUCAGAAAGAAGUCUGGGCGCUCGCGAUAUCUUCUGACGCCAAGACUGUUGUAUCUGCGUCUCAUGAUCAGAGUAUACGUGUUUGGUCUGAGACUGACGAUCAAGUUUUCUUGGAGGAAGAGAGAGAACGCGAAUCCGAUGAAAAAUACGAAGAAACUCUGUUAAACUCUCUUGAGGAUGGUACUGGUGACGACAUGUUCCGUAAAGAAGAAAACGAGUCCGGUGAACCUGCUGAUCAAUCAACGGAUGUUCACAAACAAACUGUUGAAUCAUUGAAAGCAAGUGAGAGGUUGGUGGACGCCCUGGACCUCGGGAUGGCAGAGAUCAAGACCAUGUUGGAACACGAAAAAGCUGUCAAGGCUUGGCAAAAGAAGAAGUCGGGCCCACAUCCAGGUGUACCUCAACCAAAUAGCAUCCUACUUGCCGUUCAAAAAACCCCACUGCAGUACAUUAUGGAUGUGCUAGUGAAAAUUAGGCCCUCGCAACUUGAAGACGCUUUGUUGGUGCUUCCUUUCUCUUACGUGUUGGAUGUGCUUCAAUUUAUUGACUUGGUUCUCGAAGAGAAAAGUAUAAUGGCAAGGCGGAUGCCAUUGGUCUGCCGAGUGCUCUUCUUCAUCAUACGAUCCAAUCACAAAGAGCUGUUUUCGCAGAAGAGCCCCGAGCUUAAGGUCCAAAUUGACAGGAUUAAACUUGGACUAAGGAACUCUAUCCAAAAUAAAGUCGAUGACCUAGGAUUUAACCUUCAAGGAUUAAAAUUUAUUAAGCAACAGUGGAAUUUGAAGCAUAACUUCGACUUCUCGGACGACAUCACAAAGAGCAGCGAAGCUGAUAAGAGGGUGAAAAAAAGGGUCUUUGAAACCUUAGUAUAG